AUGUACACAGAUCUCCGAUGCAGGAACCUUUUGUCCAGAACAAUUGUCACAGCAUCGUCUUCUGAUGUUGCAGUCAACGCUGCCCGAAGAGCGGCGUCUCCUCAGUCUCCGCAGUACAUCUCGGAUGCUUCGCUGCGAAGCACUUGUCUCGGGUACACUCUGGAGCUCACAGUAAAAACCAGGAGACGAGCAGUGCUCUCCUGGAGCUAUUCUGAGAAGCGCGUUCAGACCCAGGUUUUGCAAAAGUUUGAUGUUGCGCAGUUAAAAAUCAGUCCAGAUGAGAAAAAAGAAAUUGAAAUGGAUGCUGGAUUGAGGAGCUUUUCAUACCUGGACAAAAGCUUCUCGAUCAAAUCUUUCGGACAAAGUCGAGGGUAUAUAAUCUUGCGGGAAGUCUCGGAGAUUGGCCGGACGCGAAGCGAGAACUGAUGCUCGUUCCGACUUUGUUUGAUAGCUUUCAUCAGGGCUGGCGAAAUAUUUGCGAUACAUCCGAGUCAUCUUGAAUUGGUGUCUUCGAACACCUAUUUCAGGAUGUCUUGCCGCAGAAACUCCGGCUGCUCGUGCAGCAUGUCCAGCCAGAUAUAUAGCAACACGAGCUGAAGAUCCAAGAGGUCGACUGGUGUCUUCCAUCCUGUUUCCGAAAUGAACAGGUAUUAAUUCACUCACAGAUAAAAUACUUUCAAUUCACUGAUCGAAUUGAAAUGAAUGUCAGCUCUCGGCGAAAUCCUUCAUCUGAAGAUACUGCUCCUAUUCCAAAACCAUGGUACCAGUAAAAGUUUCCCUUCCAGGCGAUACGGAAGAUUUCUGCAUUGAAUUCAUAGGUAUACUGGUACUUGAUCAACACCAACCAUGGUGCUUGUUUGGAAUGACCAGUCACUACAGUCUCGAUGUUGACGGGAACUAUGGUUGCAAGGGUGCAAAUGUGGUGGAUGGUACAUUGCGAUCCUUAAAAAAGCUUGCCGAGAUAUGGCUAGGCGCCCAUGAUAAAGUCGCAGCAUUAUCUUGUCAGAAUUUAUGGCCCUGUAUCGUUCCAUAGGGUCUGAUCUUAUUUGAAGACAUUACUUAAAAUUGAAUCUCCUUGUGUGAGUGUGUUGUGAUUCAUGCUUCUGGAAGUGAAUCGAUCUUGCACAAUUGGAGCAGCUAUUGCUAAGCUAGCUCGAAAGCGAUUCUUAGCCCCCUCAAGCCACAGUAUCAUGUCAAGUCUUUACUGUUAAUCUAUAAAAAUAACCCGAAGGCUCCGUGUGGCCACGAAAACCUCGUGUCUACGGGAAAAUGGUCUGCUUUCAAAGUCUGCUUCACUUUUGGUCAAAAUUUCAGGAAUUG